AUGAAGGACAUUACCUCUAACUGGAUAUUUCUCUUUGCGUCUCUUGUCUCGUCAGCCAUUGGCUUCAGUGGAACUGCGAUCCCUCGUGUGCAAACGACAAGUGGAGUAGUCAUUGGACAUUCUGCAAGAAACGAAAGUGAUGUUGUUGAAUUCCUAGGCAUUCGAUAUGCUCAGGCAACCAAUGGCUCGUUAAGAUUCCGGCCUCCGGUUCCAUUCAUUUCCUCUGAUACGUACAAAGCUUCACAAUAUUCACCAGCUUGUCCCUUUAACCCCGCUCCACCUCUCCCCACCUUCCCCAACAAAUCUUCCACAUUCGACCGCAUAUAUGCAACAGCUACUGGUGGAACGGGUCUUGAAUUCAGUGAAGACUGUCUGGCGCUCAAUAUAUGGACUUCAUCUAUAUCACCAAAAGGGCUCAAGCCAGUUAUAUUUUUCAUUCACGGAGGGAGAUUUGUGUCCGGCAGUACCAACAACGCAUUGUAUGAAGGACAUUAUCUUGCUGCCACUGGCGAUAUUGUUGUUGUGACUAUUGACUACCGACUGCUCGUGUUUGGAUUCCCAGGCUCACCAUUAUUACCCAGCGCCAACCUAGCAAUCUUGGAUCAACGACUCGCCCUCGAAUGGGUCAAAGCAAACAUUGCAUCAUUCGGAGGAGACCCAUCCAAAAUUCUCAUGUACGGACAAUCAGUUGGUGGACUAUCUAUUCAUUACCAUGCAUUUGCCUGGCCAGAUGAUCCGAUUGCUUCUUCAUUCAUGUCUAUAUCCGGAACUAUCAAUGACGAACCUAAUAGUCCAGAAUUGAGCAAGUCAUAUUGGGAUAAGCUUUCCGUUCUAGUUGGAUGCAAGAGUGGCGUCGAAGAAGAUGUUGUGAGCUGUAUGCAGGAGGCACCAUAUCAAACCAUCUUGGCUGCCAUCAAAAGUUUACCUCUCACGCCUACCGAAUUUCUACCACGAACACAAUUCGUACCAACAAUUGACGAGAAGAUUGUGUUUUCAGACUAUGCUACCCGAGCCAACGCUGGAAGAUUCUCUAAACUGCCAUACCUAGUAGGCAACGCGAAUCACGAAUCAGGCUUCUACGCCAUCUCCGCUUUUGCCCAAAACAUCACUUUCAGCCGCUCUCAGUGGGAUCUCUUCGACCUCAAAACAUUUACUUGCUCCGCUGCUCAGUCUGCCCUCUUACGCUUGAAGCAUAAUGUCACUGUUUAUCUAUAUCGAUAUUUUGGAGAUUUCGAUAACACGCGCCUUUAUCCAACAAGUGGUGCGUAUCAUUUGAGUGAUUUGAAUAUGUGGCAUGGUGUGGGCAGAGAUGUAAGUGGUAUUUCCAAUACGAGAGGUGAAGAAAGAUUGAGUAAGGAGAUGAUGAGAACUUUGAUUGAGUUCGCGAAGGAUCCUUUGAGUGGACUUGAAAAAUUGGGGUGGAGGAAGUAUGAGGGUGUGGGAAGUGCAACUCUAAAUAUCCUAGGGCAGCACAAUAGUCGCGAUGUAACUCAUGUGAAAUCAGGAGAAUAUGAUGCUCAAUGUGCGUUAUGA